UUUGAAAAAAAAAAGGGAAAAAAAUAUGGGAGGGUGUCAUCUGUGUUUUCUCUUCUUGUGUUUGUCCUCAGCCAUGGUUGUUGUUUCUGGUUCUUCUUCCAUGAACAAUAAUUUGCCUAUUAUAACCUUUGAGGAUGGUUACACACCCUUGUUUGGAGAUAAUAAUUUGAUAAUCCAUAAUGAUGGCAAAUUGGUUCAUCUUACACUUGAUCAGAGAACAGGUUCUGGAUUUGUGUCUCAUGAACUUUACCUUCAUGGGUAUUUUAGUGCUAAGAUUAAGUUGCCUGCUGAUUACACUGCUGGAGUUGUGGUGGCUUUUUAUAUGUCAAAUGGUGACAUGUUCAAGAAGAACCAUGACGAAAUAGACUUUGAGUUUUUGGGAAAUAUUAGAGGCAGAGAUUGGAGAAUGCAGACCAAUUUUUAUGGUAAUGGUAGUACCAACACUGGCAGAGAAGAAAGAUAUGAUCUCUGGUUUGAUCCUUCUCAAGAUUUUCACCAGUACAGUAUUCUGUGGACAGAUUCUAAGAUCAUAUUUUAUAUAGAUAAUGUUCCAAUAAGAGAAGUGAAGAGAACAGAAUCCAUGGGUGGAGAUUUUCCUUCAAAGCCAAUGACUUUGUAUGCAACCAUAUGGGAUGCAUCUGAUUGGGCAACUGAUGGAGGAAAAUACAGAGUAAAUUACAAAUAUGCCCCUUAUGUUGCUGAGUUCUCAAACUUUGUCAUGCAUGGUUGUGGGGUUGAUCCAAUUGAUGAAAAUGUUGCAAAGUGCAACAAUGCUCAAAAUUCUAAGGCAAAUAUCAUACCUAAACACAAAAUCAAGAUGGAGAACUUUAGGAACAAUCAUAUGACAUACUCUUAUUGUUAUGAUAGGGUUAGGUACCAAGUUCCUCCACCUGAGUGUGUCAUUAGUCUCCAAGAGGCUGAAGCACUAAGAAAACUUGAUCCUGCCACCUUCGGUGGCGGUCGGCGCCACCGGGGUGGUGGAAAGCGGCGGCACCAUCAAAGCAAAGGAAGGAAGGCAGAGGAUGCUUCAUUUUGAAUGUGAAGAAUGAUUUUAUUAGUGACAAGAGAAAUAAAUAUUUUUCAUAAUUAAAUAUUAUUUAGUUUGGUUUAAUUUACUUGAUAGAGUUGAGAAUUCAUUUUUUU